AGAAAAUGCUUUCGCAGACGCCGUGGCUGUUCCGCUGAAGAGAGCGGCAAGUAACCCCUUCUUCAAUGCGCACGAAAAGCCAAUCAUACGGUCGCUACUUCCGAACAUUACUGCAAAUCCUUUCGCUGACUUAUCCUCUAUCACCGCACCUCCCAUAGAAUGUGCCACCAAUCCGCUCUUCACCGGCAAUGCUCGAGCCCUACAAUCUCGGCGCUCGAAACGUUUCCUACGGAGGUGGGGGAAUAUCUACACGUCAUUUUCCGUGCAAUCGUCUGUUUAUUCCCGAGGUUCGUAUCUAGCGAACGAAACCGGCGAGAAUGGCGUUAGGUAGUGGCCUUCCCCUACCCUCCGGUUCAGAUUGCGCGCUCAUAGCUUUACUCUCGUGGUGCUCAAGACCGACCAAUGGCAUCCUUAGCCAUACCUGCACAUCUUCGUUACUUCCGAGCCGGGCGUGCACGCCGAUCUGGCAUCGACACCCACUUGGUCAUCCCUUUCAUGUAUUGCUUCGUGUGUCUUUUUCUCGCACUUUGAUCGACAAUGGAAUUUGCAUUUUCCUUGUGCAAGUAUGUCCUUCCACUUGCCUUUUCUUCACCUCUCGUUCCGUCUUAUGUACUAUAGGAGCGCAUGCAAACACAUAUCUGGUGAAUCGGGUACUACAUUGUACGGCCUCUGAAUGGUUGCACACCAUCACAAGGCAGGAGAGAGAUAUACAUUGGAAACCAUGUUGUGACGAGCAAUAUAACAAGUAUAUACAGUAUACCAAUACCGAGGAAUUGCGGCACACCUAACGAUCUACCGGUAGACCAUCCGCUGAUACGUGUCGUGGACUUCUUCUAACUGUGUGCAGCCCCUGGUGUCAUACUGUUGUGUCCUUCUCUGCAUACACCACAAAAGGCCAGUACGCAUGCUCCCCAGUCACUGAGGUGUACUUGUUGGGCAACGAUAGGAAUAUAUUUCAUAACUUCUUCUGCGUUCAAGGUGGGUGAUACGACUUUGGGGGGGUCGUAGAAAGCCUCUUCGCGUGGGAUGAAUGCGACUUCAUGCGGAGUAGAUCUGAAUGCAACGUUAUAUCAGCAAAUAUGAGUAUACUCAUGCCCUUCAUUGAAGAAAGGCAUCGGUUGUGUCGCAGACGUGAAUUUCGCCAACAAGGGUCCCCACCAGCGACGAAGU